GUACAGGAUAGAAACGCUAAAAUAAUACUUGGCUACAGCUACUGAGGUAGACGAUAAUACUACUUGGGAAUACAAAUCUUUCCGGCGAAGCUCAGUCAUAGAAAACCAAGUCAUUUAAAAAACUUGGACAUGCAAAGGAGGAGCCUAACAAACUACACAACUCUGAAGCAUAAAUGAUGGAUGGCAGUGGAGGGCACACUGACGUCACGGAAAUGAACUCACAACAAGUGUUUGGUCCUGUUGGAGCGAAGGAAGGCGGUUGCCCUGGAUGGACACCGGCAAGAAUGUUCUUGGAAGUAUUCCUGGUACUGAUGCUGGUAGUAAACUUGUUUUCUGCAUUUGUGAUAUUUACUACAAAAUCAACAUUGAAUUUUCAUAGUACUUUCAAUAAAGUUUGCAUUCUGAUGAUUAAUUUUUCUGGUAUAGCACUGUGCUCUCAUUUUUCGUUUCUACCGUUGCUGUUCAGUCCCAUGAUGACUCAAAACACCGAUACUAAUGGAUUUCAUCGAUAUAUAGAUUUGGCAACAACCGUUAGUUUCAACGUUCAGGAUCAGGCGAAGACAGAACUGCAAUGGUGCAAUGUAUCGGAAACUGCGUCAUGCAAAUGGUCCGGAUUCAGUUUUACUUUCCUUGUUUUCUCACCUUUGGCUAUACUUGUUGCAAUGAGUGCUGAUCGUGUGGUGGCAACAUACUGCUGGAAAACUUAUAAAUUUCGAGGCCAUGCUGUGUCAUCAUUCAGACUGACGGUGUUGAUAGGUUUCCUGGCAACUCUUUGUCUCAUUUCUGUACUCCCUUUUCUUAACAUCGGAGCUACGUAUAAAUAUGACAGUAUACUUCUGGUGUGUGUACUCCCCCGUGAUCCUGACUCUGCUUUGACAAGGACGUUUGCUUUAAUUGUUACCACGUUUAUUGCAAUUUUACUGUUUUUCUUAAUAUUGGCGGGAUGUCUUACGUUGUCAGCUGUAUAUUUGAAUUCAAACCCGCGAUUCGUAUCCAGUAACAUCGGAUCUUCUUUAGUAUUUGGUCGAUUUGGUGUCGUCAAAAGUGAAGGUUGGAAGCGAGUUAGUCGACUGACGCUUGCUGUUUCGUGUCUUGGACUCGCGUCAUUCAUUCCACUUUUGGCAAUUUCAUUUUAUCGUCUAUUUCACGAGUUGGAUGAAACGACACGUGAAAACAUGGACAUUGCAACAACUGUAUUUCUUCUUUUGGUACCUUGUCUAAAUCCAGUUAUCUACAUAGGAUUUUCCAGAGAUUACAAAAAUCGAGCAAUCCGAAUUUUAUCAUGGAUAAAACCGAAGCGAUUCAGGAGUAAUAUAUCAAGCACGAUGGAUCAUCGUAUAGAUAGCAACUGGGAUUCGGAAGCUGAAAUGCUUCCGAAUCAUCGAAAUAUUGGCACCGACUUCAUAAAUACCUCGCAAAUUAAUGCCGAUGUAUCUAUCAGCCCUAUUCCUGCCAAUAUCAUUAGAAGAACCUCACAUAAUUCCGGCGCAAGUCGUGAAUUGGAAGAGCCAGAAAGAAGAAUUCGAGGGGAAAGGCAUUAUUCUCCACAGUCCGACGGAACGAGGGUAAAUGCUAUUGUUAGUCCUAACCUGAUACCCGAUAGAAAACCGACAGGAAUUUCAUAUUUAUGA